AUGCGCAUGCGCUGUACAUUGAGUUUGGCGCGGGACCACACAAGGAAGACGUCUGCAGACCUGCGUGCCCCUGUUGUCCCUGUUCCACAGUGUCAAUAAGCUAUUAGAUUUGAUUUUAUUAACUUAAACACAAGACGCCAACAUGUGGAAUCAGGGAGGGUACAGCGAGUCCUCUAUGGGCGGAGGUUACACUCAGUCUCCAGGAGGUUUUGCAUCACCUGCGUUAUCCCAGGGAGGAGAGAAGAAAGGGAGAACCCGUGCAACACAGAUAAUCCCCUGCACAGUGUCUCAGCUGAUGUCUGCUUCUCAGGCGGAUGAGGCCUUCAAAGUAGGAGAUGUGGAAGUUGCCCAGGUUACCAUUGUGGGGAUCAUCAGGAGCACAGAUAAAUCCAUGACCAACAUCCAGUACAAGGUUGAUGACAUGACAGGUGCCCCCAUGGAUGUGAAGCAGUGGGUAGACACAGAGGACCCCAGUGUGGACAGCACCGUCCUGCCCCCAGGCACUUAUGUCAAAGUGUCUGGCAAUCUGCGCUCUUUUCAGAACCACAGAUCUGUUGUGGCGUUCAGCGUCAGGCCCCUUGAGGACAUGAAUGAAAUCACCUCACACAUGCUGGAGGUUGUCCAAGCGCACAUGGUGCUCAGCAAACCUCAGACCAUGUUGGGGGCCGGAGGAGGAAUGAGCAGUAAUAUCACGCCAGUGUCACGGCCGGGCAUCAUGGGAGGGAUGGGAGGGGGCUACGCAGGUGCUAACGACAUGGCGAACAAUGGGUUAAGCGCAAACCAGAAUCAGGUGCUGAGUUUGAUAAGAAGCUGCCCAGACCCGCAGGGCAUCAGCAUUCAGGACCUAAAGCAGAGACUCAGUGGCAUAAGUCUGACUAUUAUCAAGCAAGCCGUGGAAUUUCUAAGCAACGAAGGUCACAUCUUUUCCACCAUUGACGAAGACCACUUCAAAUCAACAGAUAAUGAUGAUUAGGCACUUCAGCACAGUCCCUCUCUGUUCAGAUGGCUAACACUCGCUUUAAGUUUAGUGAGAUCUUUGGUUUACACAUCCUGUAUUCUGGAGGUUGCUUCUGCUAUUUUUGCAAAGUGUUGGUGCUGAACAAGCUGUUGUUAGCAGUUAAUACUGUUUUUCUGUUCUCUUUCCCCUCCUUGUCCAUUGUAAAGCAUUUUGUAAUUUUAAAAUUUGGAAACGUAAGUACUCAAUUUAUUUUUGUCUAUGUAACUUACUUUAUGAGAAAAUUAAAAGAUUAUACAAAAUACAAUUUGGUCGUUUAGGAACUCUUUGUCAUAAUUGACACAUGUUCAUUUUACAGUAUCAUUUUCAAACAAAACAAUGCUCUUAAUAAUAGAUUCUAUACAGUUCACGUUUCCUUAU